AAAAAAAUUGAAAACUAGAAGAGAAAAGAGAGAGAGAGAAAAGAAACAGAGAAACCGUUGUUGUGAGUGAAACAAAAAGCUGAGAUAAUAAGACUGCAUCCAAUGAAAAAAAAUAACCAAAGCUCAAAUCCCAAUUAAACAAAAAUUAUCGGGAAUUUGACCUACUUUGUUUAUCCCUUCCCUUCGAUCUCCUUCUCGUUUCCCCCUUUUCAUCUGAUAUAUUUAGAUAUGAGGCCUUUUGAUUUGUUUCGCAAAGGUUUCGGUUAGAGUUUAGUAAAACUCAAGCUUAUAUCUUCUGCAUCAGUUUCCUUUAUAUACAUAGAAUCUACUUUUUACUUUUUUUAAGCAAAGAAUGAGCUUGUCCAAGAAAGGGACCCAAAUUAGUGACACAAAACUAAAUACCCCUAGCAAGGUAACAACUCUGAAUCCCAAUGCAGCUGAGUUCGUUCCCUUUUCUCUUAGGUCACUGUCUUCAUCAGGAAGCAUCCAAGCAGCUGCUGCAACAGCAACGUUUGCUACUACUGGUACUGUUGGGAAAGCAGUGCUUGAUCGGUCUGGGUCUUCUGUUUCAAAUAAUUCUGAUGAUGAGGCUCAUCAGUUCUGGCGACACCAGCUCCCUGAUGACAUUACCCCGGACUUUAAGGUUAUUAAUGAAGAUGACGCUCAAGGAAACGAAUCUGGGAGCCUCUAUAUAGAAGGUUUGUCCUUGCAUGAUGGUAGCAAAGCCUCAAGGUUUCCUGCUGGCAGUGGAUAUGUAUUUGAUGAUCAGCAGGAACUGCUGCAUCACUAUGGUAAUGGUAGUAACAGAGCUGAAAAUUUGAGAUAUCCGGCUUCAUCUUAUGGAGAAGAUCCUAUUUCAGCCAGUAUUUUGAACCUGCCACUCAAACCUUGGGACAAGCAACUUGUUAACAGUAAUCAGCCGAUUGGCAAUGGGAGGGAGGGGCAACCAUAUAAUGGAAACUCUAGACAUGUAUUCGUCAAUGAUAUUUUGGGUGAGCAAACAAACAUGGAUGAUACUGAAAUGAGUCAUGUGGAUUUUUUGGCUUCUCAGUUCCCUGGAUUUGCUGCUGAAAGCCUUGCUGAAGUUUAUUUUGCCAAUGGUUGUGACUUAAAUCUAACUAUAGAGAUGCUUACACAGCUCGAGCUUCAAGUUGAUGGUGGUUUCAACCAGAACCUGAAUUCAAAGACCUUGUCAGCUCCCAGUUUGAGUACUAUGGACAUUCCUGCACUUACCGUAUCAGAUGAUCAGAGUGGUCCUUCAAAAUAUGCAGGGGAUGAUCUUCAACAUAAUGCCAGUCCCUAUCGAUCUUCUGACAAGGCAUUUACAGAGCUUUUAGUAGGAGAAAUAUAUUCUCUCUGCACAUUUAUUUGCUUUAACGUUAUUGAGCUGGCAGCAAAUUUGUACUCUGAACUACGGGAGGAAGCUCGGGACCAUGCACGUUUACGUAAUGCUUAUUUUGAACAGGCACGUCAAGCAUUUCUCAUUGGCAACAAGACUCUAGCAAAGGAGCUUAGUGUGAAAGGACAAAUGUACAAUAUGCAUAUGAAGGAAGCACAUGGAAAAGCUCAGGAGUCUAUAUAUCAACAUAGGAACCCAGUUCCUCUAGAGAAUUUCAGAGGACAGGAGCGGAUGAUAGACCUGCAUGGAUUGCAUGUUAGCGAAGCCCUUCAUAUGCUGAAGCAUGAACUAUCAGUGCUGAGGGGCACAGCACGGGCAGCAGCUCAGCUCCUGCAAGUAUACAUAUGUGUUGGAACUGGCCACCAUACUAGGGGUGCUCGUAAUCCAGCAAGACUUCCAGUUGCUGUACAACGUUAUCUUCUUGAAGAAGAGGGCCUUGACUAUACAGAACCACAGCCAGGGUUGCUUCGAGUUGUGAUAUAUUGAAGCCAUGGACUUGACUGAGUUGAGGUAUAGGAGUUUUUAACACUACAGUAAAAAAAACCAUCAAGUCAUAGUCACCAUAGUCAAUUCAUGUAUCUGUAAAUGGGAGGAAAAGGAAGAGUAGUUGAAGUCGAAAAAAUUGAAAAAAAAAAGUUCAAAAAGCAGAAGUUGGGGGAAGAAAAAGGUGGAAAAAAAAGAAGUGUAUCAUUAAUGUUUAGCCAGAUGACCACGGCAAUUACAUUUUGGUAGCAUCAGGGGCAGGGGGUUGUGCUGGGGCAGAUACUGCCGGUAAGCAACAUCUUUUCUCUGGUUUGUUAAUUUUGUAUCGUAAAUCUUACUUUGUUAAAUUUUGGGUUUAAUCUCAGAUGUAACUUGAUAGAUUUGAAUUACAUGAUAGACGGAUUCUUGAAAUAACUCGUGUUGAAAUUUUAGUCUUUCUAUUC